AUGGGAGUGCAAUUAGCAGCAGAGCAGGCAGGGUUCGUUGAAAUGGAGAAUGUUAUUUUCACAGAUUCAGAGUUGGUGCAUCAUGUAAGGGACGCCCUCAGAGCUGCCCUCUUGGGAGACACUGACAAUUAUAACCAGCUAGUUGGCGUGUUGCACCACAGUGAACGCCUAGCUCCCGAUGAGGUGGCCCUUCUUGUGACUAGUUUAAAGGCUAUAACUGGAGCAGUUUCAUACGUUGAUGUUGUGCACCAUCACUCUCUUCUUUCUUGUAUAUGUGGAAUGAGUUUGUGGAACUAUGGGCCUGACGUGAUGGAUGCAUUGGUUGAAUUAAUGACAUCCUUGGCUGCAUCCAGUGGGAAAUAUGUUGAUUUAUGCUUGGAUAUGCUCGUAAGCAAUUUUAUGCCUCCUUAUUCUUUCCUAGAAUCGCUGAAGGAGCCUCGUGGUAUUGCAAGAAAGGAUCAAGUUCUUGAUCGUGUGCAUUUAGCACUGAAAGACAUUGCUGAUUUAUUGCCUCUUAUCCCUUGGAGAUUGGAGAAAAUAAUCAUUGAUAGAAUGCCAAAUAUAUAUACAAAAGAACCUUUGAUCGUGAUAUAUGUGGAGAACAUGUUAAGGUUGGAGAGUGGUCCCAUGGGAGAACUUGUUGGGAGCAUGAUGAUUACUGCAGUGAUGGAUAGGCUGAUAGAUUUGGAUGUGGAAAUACCAUGGGAGGAAAUUUUACAGGAUGAUUCCAAUAAAGGCAUCUUUGAGAUGGAGCUUGAAGAUUUGGAAGUCUCUGCAUAUUAUGCUGAGAAUGACGGUGAUGAGCUUCCAAGGGAAUUUUUGAGGCAAAGGCUAUUUGGGGGAAACUUAGUUGCUGAAAAAUUAGAUAGCUUGCUGGUGCUCACACUGGAACACCUUAAAUCCUGUAAUGAUGGUGGCCGUUUGAUUCAAGUAUUCGAAUGUCUCCUCCAGUCAUUUGACAAAACUGUUUUGACUGCUUACAAAUCAAAAUUUACCCAGUUUGUAGUGUUCUAUGUCUGUUCACUAGAUCCUGAAAAUUGUGGAAAGAAGUUUGCGAGUAUGCUUGCAAAUAUUUUUAUGAAUGAUGUCUAUGCCGAAAGAAGGAUGAGUGCUGUUGCUUAUCUUGCUAGUUAUUUGUCUCGUGCAAAGUUUCUACCCCCGUCAUAUGUUGCUACCAUGUUGGAAAGUCUGGUAGAUUGGUGUUCAGAUUAUUGCAAAAGCCAGGAUGGUGACGUUAAUCCAAAAGCACAUAGAGUGUUUUAUUCCGGAUGUCAGGUAUGUGAUGAUUUGACACCACCUCUGAUUAUUCCCAGAGCUUAAGAGCCAGGUUAAACUUGUCAGCUGGAUAGUUAUAGAAAGCAUUCAAUCUGAGAAUUGAGAUCAGUAAAAAAUAAAUUAUGUUUAGUAUCCAUGAUAAGAAAGAGGUAGCGACAGUCCUUCAGUAAUAUUCCUUUUAUAACUUCUUAUUUGUCAUGAGAAAAGACAGUUCAAUAGUUUCCAGGUAAUCGAGGAAAGAUUAAUUCAUUCUUUUUUGCAUUCUCCUGAUUCAAAAUUUUUUAGUCUCUGGUACUGAUCAAAUUGUAUUGGGUAGUUUAGAAUUCUUAUACAUGUGGAUAAUCUUUUGAUUUCUUCGGUGGUCAUUCUACCCUAGACGUGCUGGUUGAUUAGGAAAGAUGGAAUUAAUGUUCAAUAGGAUGAGGCAUAAAGCGCAUCAAGUAUUUAACCACCUCACUAUAUAGGUUGUAAUGCAACUUUCACGCUGUUGAAAAAUAAUACACUUCAUUGUUGUCAGAUUGCACAUCGUAUUAUUAAAAAAGAUUAAGAAUAAUAGGUGAAUUUUGCACAAAUAUAUCAAAUAAAGUCCUCUGAUGUUUUGUUUAUUUGUAAAAAGAAAUCGCAAGUUAAAAAUUCAGCUGUUUGUGUGACUGAAUGAGAUAAAAUUUGAACCUCAAAAAAAUAUUCUCAGUGAAUUAUAACAUCUCAUGACAUCAUUUUGAUUUCGAGUUCUACCUCAUUCAUGUAUUUGCAGUUCUUACAAUUUCACCAAAUGAGUCAUGAAGACUGAUCCUAUGCAAUAUUUCUUAUACAAGUUACUGAUGAAUAUAGAAUCCUAUGUCCUGGCCAAUCAACUGAUUAGAAAAAUAUGUUGUACCAGCAAUGUAGAGAGAAUAAAUAAAUGGGAUUGUAGUAGAAAUGUGAAAUAUAACUCUACCAAAAAUAUAAAUAAAUGAGUGAAUGCUACAGAGCAUCUUCUCAAAUUCAAAAGAGAAAUAUGAGCAAUCAUCUUGUUUAAUCUUAAUUUAUUUUGAGACAAAAUUGUUAUCUUGGAAAGUUGAAUUUGUUAAAAAAUCAUUUUUCUUACAAAAAUGUAAAAUGGCUUUGAAGGGUGCAUGUAUUGUUUGUAGCAGAUAUUAUGUGUAUUGCACAUGUAUUAUAGCGAGGUGAAGCUACAUACACCCCAAAUAGCUUUGAGCCUCUUGUGCCCCCCUCUUCUUACCAAAAGAAAGAAACUAUUAAAUGCUUGUCAACUUUGCUCUCCCAAGUUUGUGAAUCUUGGCUUCGCACUUGCAUUGUAAAAUAGGAUGGGAAAUGUACUUGUAUUUUUCGAAUGUGUUGACAAAACAUAAGAGACUUGACUAUUCAAACUUUAUUGGUUGCAUAAGGUGCCCCUUACAAUACAGCUGUUGCUUGUGAUUGCAUUAAUGUUUUUGCUCAUCUUCUGAUGUCUACUGUUCCAUUAUGAAAGAUGCAUGCAAAUAAGGAGACCUUUAUAUAGGGCUGUUAAUCAAACCCGAUAACUUGGGCUAGGCUCAUUUUUCACUCGCUCAUAUUAUAAAAUGAGCAGAAUUUAAACAAAUUUUUAGGAUUUUUUUAUCUAAGCUUGACGUAUUGGCAAGCUGACUCAUUUUUCUACCUAUACUAAACGAACUUGUAAAUUACUAGUAAUCUCUACAUUUCAAAAUUGAAACCAUCAUCACCAACAUGGGCAUGUUUGCCAAGUGCCAACCUUCUUUUCCCCUCGCUAUCAUGUGGGCCUUGCUAGAGUAUAUUUAGAUAUCUAGUGUUUUGGGGUAGUUUAGUCACUUAUUUUAUUUUGUAUUGACCUACUAUUUAUAAGAGUUUUAUUCUGUAUUCUGUGAGGAUUAUAAUGGGCUUGGAAGAUAAGUUACUUUUUGGGAACGUGUGAUUUUUCCUACUAUUAUGGGUGAUCAGUUUGGAAAGAAAUGCAAGAAUCUUUAAGACAAAUAUGAGGUAGUUGAUGGUUUAUGGAAUUGUAUCUAUUUUUAGCAACUUUUUGGGCAUCAGUUUCGAAGGAGUAUGCAAAUAUCCCGUCCUUUGGCAUUUUGGCAAGCUGAAAUGCAGUGUGAAUGAUUGUUUUUUGCUUUUGUCUUUUUCAGUUAUGUCGUGUAAGCAUGUUGUUGGUUUUGGCUGAUGUAUGGACUACUUGCCCAUACUUUCUUAUAAAAAAAUAAUUAAUUAAGUUCUAACACAAACCAAGUGUGUUAUUAUUCAUUAUUUCUCUAUUUUGCUUCUCUUUUCUUCGCUUUUUAAUCUAAGUUAAUAUGGCAUUAGAACGCGAUCUAAACACCAUUACCAACUUAUCAAAUUAAUCUGGAGCAAGGACAGAAGUUGAAAUGGGGCGGAGUUUAUCAUUUGUAUUGAUGUCGUCACCAUGACGUUAGCAACCGGAGGCCGCAACAGAUUGACUCCUCAUGGGCUUCAAUUCGGUGCAAUUGGUUUCCGAUUUGGAGUUCGUUUGAAGAGAUUUCUAAUUUUUCAUAGAUUUUUCAAGAAAAAAGGGACCAAAAACCUUGAUUUGAGAUUUCUUCAAGUUUUGAUUGAAUUCUUUGCCUUAAAUCUGCAUCGUAGGUGUGAUUAAAAUCCUUGGUAUUCGAUUGGAUGUUUUGGGGAAUCUCGAACAGAUUUUUGGAAGAACAUCGGAGAAUUUUUUCCGGUUGGUCUAAAUUCUGCUCAUUGUGGGUGUCGAGGUGUUCUUGUAGGGCAUGGUGGGUUCUCCUUUGGUUCUGAUAGGUUUUGUUCUGGUUUGAUUGAAGGUUUCCUGUGGACAAGUUCUCUUCUAAUUCGAUUGAAGGCUUGCUAUUGGUUUUCUUCUAGUUCUAAAAGGUUCUUUGUCUGCACAUUUGGUUCUCUUUUGUCUUUUCUCGUUUGUCUAGUCUUUCUUGGUUCUAACAAGUUGGGGCUGAGACUUUUUAAUUGGUUUGUGGGCUUUGUGAGCUUUGGGCCAGUUGUGCAUUCUUUUGUUUAUUAGGCUUUAUCUUUAUUGACCUUGGGUAUUUGCACAGUUAAAGUGAGUCUUUCUCUGUUUGAAAUUUUGGCAAGUGGAAACUCUAUUUUCCCGUAGGCUAUUAGUGUGAAUUGAAUUGGUGACAAUUAUACGUAUUGGGCAUACGUUAUGAAAAAAAUUUUGUUGGGUAAAGCAUGUAGAGUUAUGUUAAUGGUGUUGUGAUGGCUCCAAUAGAUAUUAAGGCUGAAAAGUAUACAAAUUCGUAGAGCAGUUGGGACAUCAACAAUGCUAAAAUCAUUAUCAGGACUAACAACUUAGUUGAUUGAACCAUUGAUGUUUGAUCUGGCCAAGUUUACCAAAACCAAGGAAAUUUGGGAUUACUUAGCUACUUUAUUUGCUCAGUCUAAUUUUGCAAAGAGGUAUCAACUACAGCUUGAAAUUCGAGCUUCUUGUCAAGGUGAUAGGAACAUUCAUGAAUUUUACUCAGUUACGACUAACCCACUGAACAUAGUAGUAAUAAGGUCAACCACACCUUUGGAGUGGGGCAAAUGUGGUUCAAUUUUUGAUAGUACUCAGCGAUGACUUCAAGGGAUUUCGUGAUUCAAUUCUUCAUCUUCAUCCAUUUCUCUCAGCUGAUGCAACAGUUAAAUGAGCUUUUGCUUGAAGAGGUGCAUCUUAAGACCUUAUCUAGAAAAGGUCUUCUUCUAUUGCCCUACCCAAUUAGACCGUAUUGGUUGUUCCUUCUAAGGUGACUUCCAAUUCCUAGAAGGGUUGAACUGCUCACAUUAGUGUAGCUUUUGUUGUGAGAAGGGCCAAAAGUCACAAUGCCCUAAAUUGGUGAAUAAAAAUGUACGAGGAUUACUAAAUCAAUCAUUUAAGCUCAAAGAUUGUCAUACAAUAGUAGCAUCACCACCCGUGGAUAGGUCACUCUAAUCAACUCCUAGCCUAACUAUGAUUGUUGAUCAAUUAUAGAAGUUUUUCUCCCUCCAUCAGCCUAGUGCCCUCUCAGUCUCUCCCUUAGUUCACUUUAGGUCCUUUAGGUAUAUCUUGAAUCGCCAAGGCCAUUGACUUAGGUGCUACACAUCAUAUAACUAGUGAUUCUUCAUUCUUUGCAUUUAUUGUUUCUCUUCCAUCUAUAUUUGAACUUGCCAUCAAUGGCACUAACGUGUCGUUGGCUUGUGUGGGGACGGUUUUUUUCUCUCUAGCUCACAUUUUCAGAUGUUUACUAUAUUUUCCGAUU